UGCACUGUAUAUAUUCACAGUAGAUCUACUAAAGUGUGAUUUCACUAGUAUAACCUUAUUUGUAUUCACGUACACAUUUGAAUAGAGAAUUAAUACUUUUGAUCAAAGUUAGGCGCACCUCUUUCGUCACAUAUUUUAAUCAACGUGAGAACUGGGUACAGUACUGCAUGCAGUUAGGACGCACUUGUUGCGUAGAGUCGAGUGUUGUUAAAGUCUAGGCCUACUACGUUACUGCAUAUUAUUAGAGCUUGCAUGAACUGAGUGUUGGCUUCUAGUACACGUCAGCUGAUCAGACUUUUGAGCUUUAUUGGAUAAGCGUAGAAUGAGCUCGUGUUUGUAAUAAGUCAGAACUCUAAUAUUUGUAACAAUGGCUGCGAAAACUGAGGAAGCUCCAAGCUCUUCAGAGAACCUGACGUGUCCACUAUGUCUUGAUAUCUUCGACGAGGCAACCAUCCUGAAUUCAUGCGGACACACCUUCUGUCGGAAAUGUCUCAAGAACUAUGACCUGUCCCAUCAGGAUCUUGAUCACAUGAUAUGUCCUCUCUGCAGGAAGAUCACCAAGUUGUCUGCGAACCGUGUUGAUGAUUUCCUCACCAAUGUGACUGUCAACGGACUUGUAGACAAUUACCACGCCGAGUGUGGAGGGAUGAACGCUGUCCUUGAGAUGAGUCCGAAAUGCACUGCGUGCAUGGUUCAGCAAGAUGCUGUUUCAUUCUGCUGUACAUGUAAUAACUACAUGUGUGAUAAGUGUCUGGAUUGUCAUCAACAUCUUAAAGUCUUCUUUGGAGGUCACGAAAUUGUAUCCAUACAGGAUAUCACCAACGGGAAGGUCAGCAUUGGUCAUCUUUCUGAGAAGUGCUGCAUCCACAAACAAGAGAACAAAGAUAUGUUUUGUGAGGACUGUAAGGUCCACGUCUGUUUCAAGUGCGUGAUCGUCGGUCAUCAAAUUCACAAAAUCAAGAAUCAGGCUGACUUCGAGCAGGAGUUACGGCUAAAGGUAAACGACCUUGUCCAGCGAUGCGCCGCUAAGAAGACAGAACUGGAGAAGAACAUUCAGAAUGUUGAAGUACAACGCCAUGAAGUAUACACUGCCGUGCAGAAACUACUGGACGACGUCAGUCGAGCCUACAGCAUCAAGGCUAAAGAGCUCGAAGAAAAUCAUCGAAAUCUCAUCGAGCAGAUGAAUGCAGUAAAGCGGAGUUUCGAUGACGAACUCAACGUCUUGAAAUCCAAGGAUCGACAGAGGAUCAAGGGUAUUUGUAGUUCAAUAACACUGGUAUCUAAUGACAGACUGUGUCGUCUUGAGACGGACAGUCUGUCUGCUCAUACCUUGCUAUGUGAGGAGCUGGAUUCCAUGCUGAAGGAGGCUACUGAUCACAUUUCUGCGGCAGUCAUUACAAAGAAAGCACAGGAGAAGAAGUUCAAGCCUGCAGAUGAUACUCGUCUGGACCUCGGAAGCAUCUCAGAAUCAGAUCCAAAGUUGCAAGUCAUUAAGUGUGUAGAUCUACGGGGACGGAUGUAUGGAAUGACGCAGUAUUCUGAUGACAGUGUAGCUAUUGGAUAUUAUGAUACACAUGGUAUAGAUAUCAUUGAUUCAGCUGGUACAAAGGGGCAGUAUCCAAACAUACCAAGUAACAUGGAGUAUUAUGACGUUGUGUUUCAACAAGACAGGUCGUUAUGCAUAUCAACGGGUAGCAAAGAAGCACACAUAUAUUCUCACAAUGGAUCCAGGAAAUCAACCAUCCACGUGUAUAACAGUGGCAAUUUUCUCAGAUUAAACAGAAGUCCAUCAGAUGAAAUCCUCAUCGCUAACAAUGAGAAGAAAGUCUACAUCUAUGACCCGACUGGAUCCACUCUCAAACACACUGUUCCAACAAAACACAACAAGACGAUCCAGGUAUCUGCUACCAGGUCGGGUUUGAUCGUCACGAGUACAUGUAAUUACUCCAAACCACACGUGGUGACGGUCUAUGACAGGGAUGGGAAUGCUGGUAAGUCUCUACAAGCUCCAAUCGGUGUCUACCUGUAUGCUGCCGUGGAUGAGCUGGACAGGGUGUAUGUUGCGAGUGUUGAUCGUAAGAAGGGUAACGUGGUGAUCAGGCUCUAUGAUCUUGAUGGUCUGAACCUGAAGGAAAGAGUUGAGUUCAAUGCGCUUAAUCUGACGCUUGGAAAUAAUUGGUGCUACUUGGCUUCCAUCUCUCUAGAUAUGCUUGCGUUUGCUUGUGACAAGAAGUUGUAUUUUAUCAAAGUAUGACUGUAAUCCAUCUCACACUGUAUAUUACCAUUAUUGUUAGUGUGUACACCUCUCUGUUCCAACUGUACUCUAUAAUAUGGGCCUAUAAAUGUGUCAGUUUAUAGUGUUCAUUAUGUAAUAACUAACCGAAUGGGAAGAUGCUUAUUCUCUUGAUAGGUUUUAAUUGCCUGUAUAUAGUUGUCAUUAUCCAAUAUAAUGAUAACGUCCCUCUUUCGAAAUACUAUGUAAAUACUUUACGUAAAAUAAUGCAUCUACUUCAUGCAUUGUGUAAUAGUUUCUCGUAUUUACUGCAAAAGGUGAUACGAUAUCAUUAUGUAUAACUUGAAAAUUGGUAAUGUAUUGAUUAAAUUCAUAUUAAUGUUAUUUCCCGUAUGUUAUUAAUUAUUCUCGAGGUAUUUAUUUUUAAAUGUUUUUUCUUGUAUUUCUUGACUUUUAUGGUAAUUAUUUCGUAUCUAUAAAUGAACAAAUAAUUAAUACAGACAUUGCAUGUAGAUAGGACCCAAUUGUAAAUAAGCUCUUAAGCUUUCACGGGUUAUACUGUCAGGCUAUUGGUAUUAUUUUUGUUGUUUACAUUUAUGAUAUCAUUUUACUCUUCGUAAGGAUGUUACAUUGAAGUUGCCUAAUAAAUCAAAUCAAAUCUUUAAAAAUCCUUAGAGGUUCACGGUUGCUUCGUUCCAUGAAAAAAAAUCCUUCGUACCCUGUCUGAAAAGCCAUUAAAUUGAAAGCUCUGGGAGCUGCUAAAGUUUAGUUUGUUAUGAUGUAGAGAAGUUCUGUUUCCUGACUAAGUAAUGUAAGAAUAUUAUUAUAUUUUUGUAAACGUUUACUGCAUUUUUGUUAUAACUAGUAAUGUCACUUCGCAUUUUCAUGUUAAUUCGGAAGUUUUACUUUUCAUAAUAAUUUCCGCUUCA